AUGUCGCACAAAUUCCCUCCUAUUCAAGGAGGUGGCUCAUUAAUAGUUGCUUGGCAAGUCAAGAACAAGCAUGUCCUCGUUGUUGGCGGUGGAGAGGUAGCUGCAGGUCGCAUUGUCCACGCUCUCAACGCCGAUGCCAGAGUGACCGUUGUCUGCCCCCAUUCAGGACUCAACGAGGAAGUCGCUUUCCGCGUGGCGGAGGGCCAAGUCACUCAUGUCGACCGCAACUUCGAGCCAGAAGAUCUAGAAGGAGCUGACAUGGUUCUUUGCGCCAUUGACGAUCCAGAGGCUUCAUCGUGUGUCUGGAAACUGUGCAAGGAGAAGCGGAUACCUGCAAACAUUGCCGAUGUACCUCCCGAAUGCGAUUUCUACUUUGGCAGCAUGUACCGUAAUGGUCCACUGCAGGUCAUGGUGAGCACAAAUGGCAAUGGGCCUAAGCUGGCGAGUAUUGUACGAAAGAAGAUUGCAGCCACAUUGCCUGAGAACAUGGCAGCGGCAAUUGAGAAUGUGGGCAAGUUGCGAAAGAAACUGAGAGAGGUCGCACCUAAUCCGGAGGAAGGCCCCAAGAGAAUGAAGUGGAUGUCUGGUGUAUGCGAAUCCUGGAGUCUUGAAGAACUGGUUGAGAUGAGCGAAAAGGAUAUGGAGAGCGUUCUGACAUUCUAUGAAUCGGGCAAGAUCCCAACAUAUGCUGAAAUCCAAUCCAGCUAA